GUCUUGUCUAUGGCAAUACUCGGUGAAAAUGGGAAAGACCGCGCGAAACUCGUUUAAAAAAGAAGAAGGAAUACUGACUUUCACUAAAACACUGUAGGCUUACUCGAACAGUAAUUACUUUCAAGCAUUCGGUACGCUUUCCUGACACCAUCAUUACUGACACCAGUUACAUUAUAUACUCUUCUCAUCGCAUUGUUUACAAAAACUACGAUACUGUAAUUCCAAAUUAGAAUUGCGAGAACGAAAGUGACAGUAUAAAAUUUAAUGACAUUUCUUCCUCUUUAAAUAACUACGUUCUAUAUAUAAUGUUAUCAUGGAACAAAAUUUUAACAGCUGCUUCCCAGUGGUCUGUAAGACAUUUACAUACUUCCUUAACUCUGCAAGAAGCUUUAAUAAUAGAUGGUAAACGGAUAGCUAAUGAAAUUCAAAACGAAUUAAAGAUGACUGUCGAUACUUUAACAAAACACGGAAGAAAGAAGCCAAAAUUAGUGGCUAUAUUAGUUGGAAAUAAUCCAGCUAGUAAAGUAUAUGUUCAAAAAAAAAUGGAAGUUGCAAGUGCAAUUGGAAUAGAAAGUUAUACCAUUCGAUUGGAAGAAAACAUAAGACAACAAGAGCUUAUUAAAGAAAUCAAUCAUCUAAAUGCAGAUACAACAGUCGAUGGAAUUCUGGUACAAUUACCAUUAGCAAAUCAUAUGAAUGAACAUGAAGUAUGCUUGGCAAUUGCACCAAGUAAAGAUGUUGAUGGUUUUCAUUUAGAAAAUAUAGGUAAUUUAAUAUUAAACAGCAGUGGUAUCAUUCCUGCAACUGCAUUGGGUGUCAAAGAAUUAAUAAUUAGGAGUAAUAUAGAAACUACUGGAAAAAAUGCAGUGGUUGUAGGAAGAUCAAAACAUGUUGGUUUACCAAUUGCAUUACUCUUACAUGCUAGUGGUACAGGUAAAACUCAUGGCUUAGAUAUGACUACAACUAUAUGUCAUCGCUAUACUCCUCAUGCAGAACUAGAAAAAUAUACUAAAUUGGCUGAUUUGGUAGUAGCAUCAGCUGGUGUUCCUGGUCUAAUUACUAAGGAGAUGAUAAAACCAGGAGCAUGUGUAAUCGAUGUUGGAAUCACAAAAGUUAAAGUAGGAGAUAAGUACAAAUUGGUAGGAGAUGUAGACUUUGAGAAUGUGAAAAAGGUGGCUGGAUAUAUAACUCCAGUGCCAGGAGGUGUAGGCCCUAUGACUGUAGCAAUGUUAAUGAAAAAUACAGUUUCAAUAGCUAUGAAAAAUCAGAGCACCAAAUGAUUUGAUAU